AUGGAUUACCUGUGCAAUAUCAUAUUGGCCAACAUCCUGACUCGGCUCGUUAAGGCUCGAGUUCGGCUCGGCUCAUUUGGUAAACGAGUCGAGCUCGAGCUCUAUGAGAGGCUCGUUUCAUUAACGAGCCGAACCGGCUCGGCUCGCUAUCUACCUAUACCACGGUCAUCCUCAUUCCCCAAUUCUUCAGCCUCAAACCUCAGUUCCUCAUCCCUUCUUCAUCCAAUCGUCCUCAAUUUUGCAUCUUCAAUUCCUCAUCCCGUCGUCAUCCUUAAUUACUCAUCCCGUCAUCAUUUUCAAUUUCGCAUCCCGUCAAUACAAAAACCCCGACGCCUUUGUGGUAUCUCCACUGCGGAGUCUGCGGCACCGCCUCAACCCGUCGUCGGAUUUUUGUUCUUUUGGCCGGACACCUCAACCCCUCAUCGGAUACCACGCCUAACGCCUCUGAGUUCAGGGAUCUCUGUUAUUUGGCCGGAAAGUGGUAUGUCCAGCCCCCUUUUCAGUUCAAAUCAAGGUUCAUGUCCAAGUAUUGGUAUGGAGCAAAUGAAUGAAGUUGACAUUGAAGAAAAUCCAGACGUGAUGAGUGAGGAAGCUUGCAAUUAUAGACGAAGACAAAGAGCAGACCAACCAGGAAGGUGAAGGUGGAGAUAAACUUUUUGAGAAAAAGAAAACGAGGAAAAAAGUCAACGGUGUGGGAUAAUAUGGAAGUCGUAAUGAUGAAGAAUGGAACAGAGAAAGUGAAAUGCUUGCAUUGUCGCUCAUUGUUUUCAAAGAGUGCAACUGGAACUACAUCUCAACACAAGCGUCAUCUAGCAUCAUGUCUACAAAGUCAAUUGAACUCUGGAGUUCCAAACAUAAUGACGCAACAGGUUUUGUCGUUUUCAGAAGGACAAACUGACGGUAUCACUUCUGUUACCAAUUUCUCAUACGAUCAUGCAAAGGUGAGAGAGCUUGCAUCUCAUAUGAUAUUAGUGCAUGAGUAUCCAUUUUCUAUGAUGUACCAUUAUGUUUUCAACAAGUUCAUGAAAGCUGCAACCCCAUUUUAUAAGAAGAUUACCCGUCAGCGGUAAAAGAAGAUUGUUAUACAACUUAUCAGAUAGAAACAAGAAAGCUGAAAGUUCUCUUAAAGGGUGCUAGUCGGGUUUCUAUAACUACCGAUUUGUGGCAAUCUGGUCAAAAAAUUCAAUACAUGGUUGUGACGGGGCAUUUUGUUGAUUCUAAUUGGGUGUUGCAAAAAUGUGUUUUGAACUUUGUACCUCCUCCACAUACAGGAAUCAUUAUAGCUGAUGCAUUUAGUAAGUGUUUCAUUGAUUGGGAGAUUCAGAACAAAAUUUGUAGCUUAAGCGUCGACAACCUAUAAUGAUUUGUGUAUCAAGAGACUUAAAGAGGAUUUUGCUUUAAGAAGAAAUUAAGUAUUGAUGGAAAAAUAUUUCAUGUGAGGUGUUGUGCUCAUAUACUUAAUGUGAGAUGGUUUGAAGAACAUUGGAAAUGUGGUUGAUGUCGUUAGAGAUGGGAUAAAGUACUUGAAUAAUUCAAAGUCGCGCCUCAUUUUAUUUGCAAAAAUUGCAAAACAAUUGCAGUGCCCUUCUAGAAAGUUGAUUUUGGAUUGCACAACUAGAUGGAAUAACACAUAUCUCAUGUUGGCCUCAGCUUUAGAGUUUAAGAAUGUUUUUCCGAGGUAUAGGGAUAUUGACCUUUGGUUUAGUUAUGUUCCAGAUGAAUACGAGUGGUCCGAAGUGGAAGAAGUGUGCAAAUUUCUUGGUAUCUUUUAUGAAAUCACUAACAUGGUUUCGGGAUCCGACUAUCCAACCUCUAAUCUUUUCCUUGUGGAGCUUUAUAGGGUUAAAGAGCUGCUAACAGAAAAGGCUUUAGAUGAAUCUGAGCACAUAAGGGCUAUGGCCUCGGAUAUGGCAUUGAAAUUCGAUAAAUAUUGGGGAGAGUGUAACGUGUUGUUGUCAUUUGGUGCUAUUCUAGAUCCGAGCUAUAAAAUGGUACUUAUUAAUCAUGCUUUUUUGAUAAUUUAUGGUGAAGUAAACGCUGUGGAAAAAAUUGCUGAUAUUAUUGUGCUUCUAUAUGAGCUUUAUGAUGAAUAUGUGGAAUCUCAUAUAUUGUCUUGUGCCGAAGAACCAACAAAGAAGCAGGUAAAGCGAAAAAAAAAAAUGAGAUUGGCUCUUCAGUUCAAGUGGAGGUAAGAAACCUGGAGUUCAUGUUCUCACUGGUAGGGAAAAGUUUAUGUUGCAUGUGAGUGAAUUGAUAGAGCCCUCCCAGAAAAACCAGAUUUGGAUUUGUACCAGGUAGAUACAUUUGUGAUGCGUCUGCUAAUCUUGAUUUUUUAGCAUGGUGGAAGGGGGAACGUCUGAGAUUUCCAAUAUAAUAAAAAAUGGCAUGUGACAUUCUUUCUGUACAACUGUGGCCUCCGAGUCUACCUGGUGGUCGAGUAAUUGACGAUCAGCGAGCUUCUUUGUGGGUCGAUACUGUGCAAGUACUCCCUUUGUGGUAAUGACUGGAUAAGGAAUCAUUAUGGGUUGAAAACUAGACCUCGUCGAAGUGAUACAAUGGAUGUUUCUGAAUCAUCAACAUAUCAUGAAGUUGAACUUCCUCAAACUUGAUCAGGUGGCAGACCUGCUAGUUUUUGGGCAUGGAAACCUUUUUGCAAUGGAUGUUUUUGGGCAAUGAAACCUUUUUAAUUUGUGGUACUCAAUUUGGACAAUAUGUAUUCAAAUUUGGUUGUCUUUUUAUUCCUUGAAUGUUUUGUAAUAUUUUUGUUUGGAGA